GCACCGAGGAGACUGCACAACUAUUCGUUCGCUACAUCGUCUCAUAGCAUGGCAUUCCAACCACACUCAUCUCCGACCAAGACCCCAAGUUCACCAGCAAGUUCUGGAAGGAACUGAUGUCUCUCCUCGGGACCAAACUCGCCAUGUCAUCCGCCUACCAUCCUCAGAUAGACGGACAGACCGAGCGUCCAACCAAAUUGUAGAGCAACUCCUCCGCGCAGCAUGCAAGGACGAAAUCUCUAAGUGGGACUUGCAUCUACCCAUCCUGGAGUUUGCCUACAACAACGCCACUCACGCCGCUACUAGACAGACGCCGUUCUUCGUCUAUUAUAGACGCAACCCGCUCACGCCGCAGAAACCAACAGUAUCAGUCACAGUCCAUGGAAGAUUCACAACGCCUUCCAUGUCCAACUUCUGAAGCCCUUCGGAGAUCCUAACACGGUCUUC